GCUUUGUCCCUCUCCGCAGCUGCUGUUCAUGUCUGUUGAGCGACAAAAGCAUGAGUGUCCCUCGGGCUCUGAGGAUGGAACCAGGGCUACUGGUGGCAAGAUUUAGACAUCAGAUGGUGCUCUGAAGAAGCCAUGGGUAGCUGCCUAAGCUGUCCAGAGAAAGAGUCAAUUCCAGAUAACCAUCAGAGCAAAUUCAAGGUGAUCAAUGUGGAUGAUGACGGGAACGAGCUGGGUUGUGGCGUGAUGGAGCUAACCGAUGCCGAGCUGGUCCUCCACACACAUCGACGGGAUGAUGUCAGGUGGCCGUACCUCUGCCUGCGGCGCUACGGCUAUGACUCCAACCUCUUCUCUUUUGAGAGCGGCCGCCGUUGCCAAACGGGCCAAGGGAUAUUUGCCUUCAAAUGUGCCCGUGCUGAGGAGAUCUUCAACAUGCUGCAGGAGGUGAUGCAUAGUCAUAGCAUCAGCGUGGUGGAGGAGGCUGUGCUGGAACCCAACCACCAGGCCGCACACCCGCCACACACUCCUGCAGCUCUUGGUUACUCUGUGCCCUCUGUGCCAAAUGGGGUGACCAGGAUUCCCUCUGUGGGUGAAGCUCCGUCUCACCCCUCCACCCGACACCCGUCAGUGGCAAGCACCCGCCUGCCGUCUGUGGGGGAGGAAUCCACACACCCUCUGCUGGUGGCUGAUGAAGCGGUUCACACCUACGUCAACACCACGGGACUGCUGGAGGACCAGCCCAGCCCCCUCACAGUCACCACCCCGCUGGAGAGCCCCGGGUCUCCCCGGUCCCACUGUCCGCCGACCCCCCCACCUCCUCUGAGGGGCCGGGCAGAGCUACCGGCCCCACCGGCCUAUCCGGAGCCACAGGUGGUUCUGGAGCCCCAGGGCGUGCGUUUCGUGCUCGGCCCCACUCCCGUUCAGAGGCAGCUCAUGGCCAAGGAGAAGGAGAAGCAGCAGCAAGAGGCAAAAGACACCGAGGAGCGAAGAGAGGCUGCCGGCCCGAGAGACACUGAGCUAAGUGUUCAGGAGGCUCCUGCUGAGGCGGAGCCGACCCCCACACACUCCAACGGCUCUGCCUCUUCCAAUCCUGUUACAGCUCUCCGUCGGCACCGGCCGCCACCGCUCACCCCCGACGUUCAGAAUGUCAAUAACUCGGCCCAGCGGCGCACUGCCCUGCUGGACUACGAGAACCUGCCGGCGCUGCCGCCUGUCUGGGAGGCGCGAAAGCCGAGCUCUGAAGAUGAGGAGAACAGUGCCUGUGUUUUGAAGACGCCGUCUCUUAAUGGCUACAACCACCACCACGGCCUGCUGCACCACUCCUAUUCCCACCCGCUGUCGGGCCACCCGCUGUCCGCCGCCUUGGAGUCCUCACAUAACUACGUCAACACAGAGAAUGUGACCGCACCGCUCAGCGCCCACCGGCCUGACACGGCCCGGCGCCGCACAGACGGACCCACAAUCUUUAACUUUGACUUCCGCCGGCCGCCGCUUCCGGGCCACCCUGAGUCACCCAAGACUCUUAACUACAUUGAAGUGGAGAUGGACAGCAGUGGCGGGGCGGCAAACAAAGGCACCUCUGACGGCAGCAACCCCCACACGCCACAAAGCCCGAUAUCGCCGCUGCCCCCCACCACGCCCACACGCCGCACAGAGCUCUACGCACUCAUUGACAUUGAGCGCACUGCCGCUAUGUCCAACCUGCAAAAAGCUCGGCCACGUGAUGACGGCACAUCGCGCAAGACCCGACACAACAGCACGGAGCUGCCCACCAAAAGCACUGUCUGACGGCGCACCUUCUAUUAACCUUUGUGUUUUUGCAGAUGCGGUGCGUGACACCUUUAUAUUCCUGAGACGAUACGAGACUCCACAUGAGAGAAGUCUUAAGAUAGGUUAACAGACUUAUUAUUGUCUGUGGUUUCCUGUUAAAGAAUCCAGGUUACACCCCCCAAAAAAAGAAAAAGCAAGAAUGAAAAAAAGCCUGUAAGUGUAGGUACUGGGCGUAUCCCCCUGUUGUUGCUAUGGUAAUGAUGUAAUACCUCCUUUAUAUGGUACAAGUCAGUAUUACUGAACAGAGCAUUCCAUUUAGCCUUUGUACGGUUCACCACAUGCUGCUGUGCGUUCAGUAUGCGAAGACGCCGCGGUACGCCACCUCAUCCUUCUGUGUACAGUCCCAUCUGCCACAAUAAAUGUCCUCUUUUAUUUGUACUUUGUCCCUCUGCACCUUGUCUCUGAGUCUCUGAGACCUGACUCGCUGGUCUCCCAUGGCAACGAGCAUCUGCCAAAAGGCUGCAGGUGGUGCUCCUGUCAUUGACCUUUGACCUCACUGCGGAGCAACGUUUGAACCCGACAAGGAUCCAAACCGCUGGCGAGCGUGUCUGUGUCAUGAGGCUGAAACUACAAGUACUCUGAAGUACUUUUUAGAAUUACAGAUACUCUCAUUUUCACUGAAAUAAAAGAUGCAAAUUUGUUCUGU